AUGGUUUCUCUGGACUUCAAGGCGCUGACAGAACGGGUGGGCAUUGUGAGGAUUCUGGAGGUCGUCUUCACAUGUGUCACUUUCAGCUUGGUGGCGUCAGUGGGCCGCUCCAUCGACCCUUUCUGGACCUGGUGCAUGUUCACUUGGUGCUUCUGCUUCUGUGUCACCAUCUUCAUACUAAUCGUGGAAUUCACCAGCCUCACCGAAAAGCUGCCCCUGUCCUGGGGGGAUUUCACCUCCGCAUUUUCUCUGUUGGCUACCCUGAUGGUGAUGGUGGCAACCAUCCUCUACUCCAUGUUCUUCGCUUGUUCCUUGUGCGGCAGACAGAUUGCUGCCAGUGUGUUCUCCGCUAUCACCAUCUCCCUUUACUCCACUGAGGUUGGAAUAAUUCGAGCCAGACCUGGUGAGAUCAGUGGGUUUCUUUCCACGGUUCCUGGGCUGCUGAAGGUUCUAGAGGCCUUUGUGGCCUGCAUCAUCUUCAUCUGUUUGCGUUACAUCAAUUACUGGGUGUAUCCAGGGCUCCAGUGGUGUGUUUUUGUUUACUCGAUUUGCUUCAUUUUUUCCUUCCUUAUCAUUAUUUUAACCAUCUGCCGGCUGCUAGCUCUCCUACCCGCACCUUUCAGCAAAGUCCUGACCGUCUGCAAUGUACUGGCAGUUCUGAUGUACUUCACAGCUGUGAUCAUCUGGCCUGUGUACAGCUUCAAGGACCAUCCCAAACCAAACUGUCCAAUUGCUUAUCUCUGUGGAUGGAAUUUGUUGGUUGUUAUUUCUGUCAUGACCUGCUUUAAUCUGGUUGCUUACAUUGUGGACACAGUUUACUCGUUCAAGUUGACUUUUACCACCAGGGAAACAUGAGCAUGUCCGGCCAAAUGCUUCUGUCACAACGUUGCUUUUUUGAGAUCAUGAAACUUUGAUUUA